UUACACUCAGCGAAGUUCCCUUAAACAUAAUAAAAAUAAUACGAAACAGUGGCAGGACAGUAACAAAAUCGUUAAAGAAGUUGUGUGGUGAAGUGAACCAUGAACAUGAAAGCCAUGACAUGACAUCAUAACCCUUUAAUACAUAUAUUAAACUUGGUGUUUUUCUGUUUGAAAAUCAUACAAAAUUGGACAAACCCUCUGUGACUUUGUACGACAACAAGAGGUCGUACCCCCAAACAGUGCUCGGAAGGGAAGCUCCAUCAGCGAAGAUGGUACUUCCUCCUGCACCACGCAACCUCAAAGGAAUACCUCUGUUUCUAGCGAGGAGCAACCCGUGCAAGGAACUAAGUCGAGACACCGUUCGUUUAAUAAGUCUGCCUCCUCAAGGCAAAUUAAGAACCCGACUAUAAAACUAAAAGACACAAUAAAUAGUAGAAAAUCCCAUCGAAGGCAAGAGGCACUGGCACCAUCACCAUCACCGGCACUUUCUGCGCACACAAGCAACCACUUAUCUUCGUUGGAAACAUUAACACCACCAUCAUCAUCACAUACUGAGCAAUCAUCAGCUUCCUCUUGGCCAAGGCUUCAUGCACCAGCUUCGAAGAGCAGAAAUAAUAUUCUAGUGCGAUUUCUGCGACACUUUUCAAGUAAUAGUAAUUCCGCACCCAGUAAUACGGAGAAUAAUCUAAACGAAAAGCGACUAACCACGGCUACCGAGAAUAUCAAUAAUAACGGCGAGCUGGAAAAAGCUCUGGUCACAGCUACAGCAGAGGUCGGAGGUAAACACAAUGAAGAAAUCAUGGAAGGGGGAAAAAGUGAGACUUCAGACAAAAAGAGCCACCAGCCAAAAAAAGGCGGUGGCAUAGUGUCGAACAGCAGCAGGAGCAACUUGAGCAAAGAAAAGUCAUCGAAAGUUGUAUCUGAAAUAAAAAGUGGAAAAAUGGAGGCCCGAAAGUCCUCCUCUGACACGGUGAUAGAGCCAUCAACGUUGAUCAAACAACACUCUGCACCACAGUCGUCGACGCCAACGACUCUAACGGCCAACUUUGUGCAGAAUAUGCGAUUUGUGCGCAAAAAUGUUGAACAAUCGACCAGAAAUGCCAAUCCGUUGCAGUUUGUGGAACUGGAAACAGAGUUUCCACGAGACUACGAUGAUAACAUUGAGAUGCUGUCACGCGAGGCCGAACAUUUGGAGGAACAAUUUCGAACGCCAACGCGAUCGAAUGCCCCAGAUGCGACCGCUCAUCAAGUGGCUGGUAUUAUUGAGAAUAUUAUUACCGAGGCGUCACGAAGUCUUGUAAUUGAAAAAAAGAAGACUGAAGAUGAUGUGCCAUCAAAAUCCACCAACAAGCUGUCAAGUGGUGUGAAGCGUGUUGGCUUUCAGGUUGAGGAGAAAGACGAUACCGAGUCGAUUCACACAGAGAAGAAGCCAAAGAGCAUUGACGAUGUCGGAGCCAAGGAAUCGUCGGAUAACACCGAGGUAAGUUCUGAGGGCUCUGGUUUAACUGGAACCUCGGCGGACACAUCGGCAUCGCUUCUGCCCUCCACAGCGACAGUCUCGAGCACAUCGUCCGGCACAUCGAUAACAAAGAGUAAAAGUGAUGAAGAUGAUGAUCCGGUGGCCCUGUCCCCAUGCGGACGCUUUUUCAAAUACGACAAAGAGGUCGGUCGUGGCUCCUUUAAAACCGUUUAUCGCGGCCUAGACACGUUGACUGGUGUGCCGGUUGCCUGGUGCGAAUUGCUGGAUAAGCAAGUGAAGAAAAGCGAACGCACUAGAUUCCGUGAGGAGGCAGACAUGUUGAAGAAGCUUCAGCAUCCAAACAUUGUACGAUUCUAUACAUAUUGGGAAUUUCCGAUCGGCCGUAAAAAGAAUAUUGUACUAGUCACAGAGCUGAUGUUAUCCGGGACAUUGAAAUCCUAUUUGAAACGUUUCAAAAAGAUACACCCAAAGGUAUUGAAGUCAUGGUGUCGCCAGAUCCUGAAGGGCCUCAACUUUCUGCAUACUCGUCAAUUUCCUAUAAUUCAUCGUGAUUUGAAAUGUGAUAAUAUAUUUAUAACCGGCACCACGGGUAGCGUUAAGAUCGGUGACUUGGGUCUGGCCACACUUAAGAAUCGUUCGCAUGCCAAAUCUGUGAUCGGCACCCCCGAGUUUAUGGCCCCCGAAAUGUACGAAGAGCAUUAUGAUGAAUCGGUGGAUGUCUAUGCGUUCGGAAUGUGCAUGUUGGAGAUGGCAAUAUCGGAAUAUCCGUACAGCGAAUGCAAGGGACCGGCCCAGAUCUACAAAAAGGUCAUCUCCGGCAUAAAGCCAGCCGCUUUGGCCAAGGUGGAGGAUCCCAAUGUGAGGGAUAUCAUCGAGCGGUGCAUUGAGCUGAAGAAAGAAGAUCGCCCCAGCUGUAAUGAGCUCCUGGAGUCUGAGUUCUUUGACGAAGACAUUGGCAUACGUGUGGAGCCCACGGCCUCCGAACAGUUCCUUUCCGAUCCCAGCAUUUGCAUCAUUGAGUUCCGAUUGCGAUUCCUGGACCCAAAAAAACGCUCAUCCCGACACAAGGAGAACGAGGCGAUUCAGUUUGAAUAUAAUAUAACGAGCGACGACUAUGAGAAGAUUGCCCAGGAAAUGAUGAAGGAAAACAUUAUCUCAGAGGACGACUCACGUGCCGUUGCACGCCUUUUGAAGGUGCAGGUUGUGUCGCUACUCAAGGAACGGGCUCAGCGUCAGACGCAAAUCAAACUACAGAACGAGAAGUCGCGUUUGGAAAAACUAGCCCUGCAAAAGCAACGCGAGAGCCUCCCCACAAAUGUCGAUGAGGACGAGGAGGAUGAAGAGGACUCUGAGGAUGAGGAGGAUGGUGUCAAAUGGAAUCAACGGCUGCAACUGAGGUACGACCUGCUGAACACCGACUCUGAAACCAGCCUGGCCCUGUCCACGAACAGCGUUGAUCCACAGAAUAUUCCAAACCGUUCGAACACAUCGAUUCAGACAAGUUCUAGCCAGCAGCAGCAACAGCAGCAGUCGUCGAUGCAAGUGCCUCUGGCCUCGCCAGCAAUAUCCAUGCAGCAAAAGUCAACAGUGCAUUAUAUACAGAAUCCGCAGCUGGCUUCAUACCAAAAUCCAAACAACUUGAUACAGGACAUUGCCAACAGCCAGGCGCAGGUGCAGGUCCUCUCACCAACGGGCAGUCAACAACAACAGCAACCCAAUGUAGCGCCCCAUAUAGUAGUGCCACAACAGCAACAUCAAAUGGUGCAGCAAUCAAACAUAGCUGAGGCACAGGUCAACCAGCAACAGCAGCAGCAAACAGUAGUGGCACAGCAGCACCAGCAGCUGCUGGCACAGCAAUUACCUCAACAAGUUCAAUUGCAGCAGGUGCCUUCGCAGCAAUCCAUGCAAUCGGUCAUGCCUCCGCAGCAACAUGAACAACAGCAGCAGCAACAACCACUGGGUGUCGAGCAGCAAAAAACUAACCAAAUUCCUCAGUUGCAGCAACAGCUUCAGCAGUUAAUGCAAACGAAUGUACAGCCUUCUGAAUUGACACAGCAGCAGCAAACACAGCUAUAUUUUCAGCAGCCGCAGGCUCAGGUUUCUAUGCAGCAAAUUCCACAUACACAACCACAACAGCAUGCAUAUGCAAUGCAUCCAUCCCAGCAGCAAGGACAGGGGCAACAACAACAACCGAUGUCCCAGCCGCACCCACAAAUUCAGGUUCAUCAACAAUCCUUUCAACAGCAGCAAGUGCAGCAGGCGGCCUCCUCUCAGAACCAUCAACAGCAGCAGAUUCUUCAGCAACAAAUCGCACAGCUACAGCAACUGCAACAGAAUCAGCAAAUUCAGCAGAGCCAACAAUUGCAACAGACGCAGCAGGCGCAGCAACAACUGCAACAGAAUCAGCAACUGCAGCAGAACCAACAACUGCAACAGACGCAGCAACUGCAGCAGAACCAACACCUGCAACAGACGCAGCAACAACAACAACAGACGCAGCAACUGCAACAGAAUCAGCAACUGCAACAACAGACGCAGCAACAACUGCAGCAGACCCAGCAACAGCAGUUUGUCCAUCAGCAAUAUCAUACUCAAACUCUGCCUCAACAGCAACAGCAGCAACAACAUCAACAACUUCUUGCAGGAACUCAAGUUAUGGCUUCGCAACAACAGCAGCAGGUCCCCAUGCAAAUACAUGUACAAAUGCAGGUACCGCCUACAUCUGUGGCCCCAACAAUGCAGCAGCAGCAGCAGCCGUACCAACAGAGCCAGCAGAUGGCACCCCCAAGUGGGCAAAUGGCACUCGGAGAUAUUCAACAACAGCAGCCACAGCAACAACAUGCAACGUUUUCAACCGUUUCUGUGCAGCAACCACAAUUUAUGCAUCAGCCGCAACCUUUACAACUAUCAUUGCCCUUGGAGCAACAAUUACAGCAACUCCUGCUCAGUCAGCAGCAGUCGCAACAGCAGCAGCAGCAGCAAGCCCAGUCAGUGGCUCACCAGCAGCAGCAAAUAGCAGAGCAACAUGCACAGGCACCGUCGCAGAUGCAGAUGCAAAUUCAGAUUCAGCCACAAAACCCACAGGCACAGUCUGUAGGCCAGGAGCUUGCUGGUGCCACUGAAACUGCUGUGGCGCCAAACAGUCUUCAACUAAAUCUUGAAACUACGACAAAAGUUGAUCCACAAUUAUCCACGGAAGCUGAGAAACAACAAAGGCAGCAGAGCGCCACUCGCUCCCAAAAACCAAGACGCUCCAAUCGGAGUGGCAACGAACGGAUACCGAAACUAAGUGUCACCAGUGUCGAUGAGGGCAGCGUCAUUAACUGCCACAUGGAGAACAAGCUAAAGACCAUAACAUUCAAGUUCGACAUUGGCGAUGUUAAUCCCGUUGAAAUUGCCAAUAAAUUGAUCGCCCAAGAUUUGCUUUCGAAUUGUCAAAGCACAGUAUUUGUGGAAAUGAUUAAUGAAAUUGUUGACCAGGUCAAACAGAAUCCCAAUCAAAUUCCAAUACCAACUAAUUAUCGCCGCAAUAUUGAAAAGGUCCGUCACGCGUCUCUAACUCGACAGCGUUCCACGUUUAGGUCACACCAAAGACAUAGAUCUCGGGAUGAAACCGCCAGCGACAUUACCAAGAUGUUUGAACCUACCAUACAUGGCAUUGAGAGCUUACCAUCUGGCAGCGGAUCUGGCGGAGGAGGAGCCACUGACGAAGGCAAGACGAACACAACGAAUCUGACUAGUGAGGCUAGAUCGCAUACUUCGAUGCUGGCAAAUGCCGAUCAACAGACGAACAUUGGGACGCCGCCAAAUACAGCUUCAACGAUGUCAUCGUCUUCAACGGCGUCGCGGGAUGCGCCCAAUGGUAGCAACGACGUGACAAUUGGCUCCGGCUCGGUGUCUCGGAAAACAAGCACAGCUUCUGAAUACACAUCGCUAUCAAUUGACUAUAUGCCUGAUAACAAUAUAACGCCAACGGGUAACGAUGCGCUGGGCGACGUCGCACUGGCCAAAGAUAACUCACAUAGUGUACAGCUUAUUGCACGAGGUCAUGCCAUAACUCGUAUGCAAAAGCUAUUGGAGUCGGCUGGUGGGACUGCAACGCCACGAAGCCUGAACCUGCCAUUGAAUCGGCACUUGAACAUCCAAGAGGACCUGAAGCACACCAGGAGCCUGGGAGACUUAAGCGGUGUCAAGAUCACGUUCGAUAUGCCCAAUAGAGUGAUUACAGAGCCAGCUGAGGACAACAGCCACCAAGAGACGGCAGUGGAAAUGGAGAAGCCCAAGGACAAAUCUGCUGGGCAGCAAGCAACAGCGCAAGGGACUGGCGCAGGGGCAGCCAACACAUUGGAGCAAUUAAAGAUCGAACUGGAGAAUAUUACGCAUGCACACGCGUUUGCCUCCGCUGUGGUGGCUUCCAUCAGUACCCGUACCCCACAUCAGGCAUCGCCAGCAAUUUCAUCUUUAGCGGCCUCCACUGGCCAGCAGCAGACACAAGAGAUAAACAAAUCUAAUAAUUCUGUGGGCGCUAGUGGAUCUGCAGCCUCAAUUGGCCCAAAUGCAUCUGGCUCUUCUGUCUACAAUUCUCGACGCGCCUCUAUGGACAACAGCAUGGGCUCCGAUAUCCAGUUGCAUGGUACUCCCUCCUCCAUUGUUGAAGGACCCGCCACUAGCUCAGAUCCCACGCCAACUGAAGCGUCUACUACUGGUAUUAUCAUCGCCGGCACGACAGUUGAGAAGCUACUCUCGAAGCAGGACAGUUUGGACAAGGCGCCGAACACGUCCAUUUGUGUUAGCAGCAGCAAUGAUAUGCCGCAAAGAAAUCCCAGCAACGGAUCGCUGAAUCAAAACUCUAUAGCAGAUCUAGAAAAGAAAUUGGCAGCGUUGCGGAAUACUGACAAUGCAGAAGAGCCACAACAGCCACAACAGCCGCAAGCCACCGCCACAUUGACAGUGGGACCGAAGCCAUCUGCUGAUGAGACAGCGACAGCGACAACACACCCAAGUGCCCGUAAAGUGUCGCGAUUUAGUGUCAGUCGAGUGCAAGAGCAGAAAAAUCAAGCAGCCGCUGAGGAAAGUUUGCAGAAUCAACUAAAGAUCGAUUUGUCGUCGGCUUUGGGCCCCGGUGGCCAGGGCCAGACGCAGAAUAAUACCACCAAUAGCUCUGUGCAAAACGGCAGUAUGGUGAACACUCCCACAGAACUUAUAAACUCUCCCAUACAAACUGUUCCGCUGUCCAUUAACGGAAUUCAGUUGAUUUACCAACAGCCGCAGCAGCAGAUGCAUCCCUCUGCGAAAAGUAUGGUUAACAGCGGCGUAAACGUAGUGCCACAAGUGAUGACACAAAACGGCACACAAGUAACGCUCUCUGGUAUUCAGCAGCAGCCUCAGCAGCAGCAGCUUGUGCAUCCUAAUAUACCACAACAGACACCGUCCGGUGUCCAUCCUCAGAUGAUGAACACUCUCCAGCAGCAGUCGGUUGCGCAUCAGCAACCAAUUAUGACACAACAGCAACCAAUGAUACUGCAACAGCAGGGCUCCCAGCAGUUUAACUUACCUGCAUCGCAACAAAAUCAUGCACCGCAACAGUUCAUCCAGAUGCAGCAGAAUCAGCUUCAUGCCCUACAGCCUCAGGUUGUGGGAAUGUCUCAGGGAAUGCAGCAACAGCUUACGGCCAUGCAGUCAAUGCAGUCGGCGCAGCACCAGAUGGUAGCACAGCAGCAGCAACAACAGCAGCAGCUGCAAAUGCAAUCGCAUAUGCAGCAGCAGCCGCAACAGAAUGUUGCAGGCAUGUAUAAUCAGCAGACUGCUAAUUGUGGAGCGACACAACAAGGCUUCCAUGCUGGUGUUCCCAAUCAUCUUCUACAACAGGCGACUUUGAUGGGAUCCCAGCAACCCGCGCAGCCGUUGCAACACGUUAUGCAGCCGCUGUUCAAUGUAUCUCCCGGUGAAGUUGCUGAAGAGCCUGUAUCUCUAGCUGCAACGCAUCCCCAUUUAUUGCCCAGCGAUAUACAAUCUGAUAUAAAGCACAAUUUGGACUCGUUGGUCAACCAAUUGUGUAACACACGCUUGGGCACCAAUCAACAUCAGCGACUGUUGCUGUUACGCCAGAGACAGCUGAUCGAAGAGGACGAACUGCGUUUGAAACACUAUGUGGAAUACGAAAAGUUUCAAAAAUCUCUGCGCCAAUCUUUAAGCACAAACGUUCCGGCGACAACAACAUACUUUUCAGCACCUCCUGCUGCACAGCUUCCAACUAAUCUAAAAGCACCAGCUCCGCCCUCAGCAAAUCCGACAUCCACAAGUUCUGCAAACACAUAGCUGCGCUAAAAUGUUUGUUUUGCUUCAUUCAUUUGACAAGCCAUCACCGACUAACAGCCAUUUCUAUGUUCUCGGCAAUAUAAUUGAAACGAGCGAGUGUGUGUGUGUUGUGUGUGUGAUGAGAUGAGGUAGAUCUGGCAUCUGGCCCUGGCCUGACCUGGCGGUAGAAAUUAAGUAAAAAGUUAUAUCUUAUGGGAUUGUCUGUAAAUAUUAGUCAAACGCUUUUAGUUGAUAUGCCAUUGUUUCAUAUUUUUCUUUCUUUCUGUACCACUUUUAAUUUGAUUUAACUUCUUUUGUUCUUGGUUUCCUUUUAUUGUUUAAAGAAAUUAAGAAAAUUGUACAUUUUAUUAGUAAUGCAAGUGUAAAUAAACAUUUCGAUAAUGUAAUACAUAGCAAUGCAUAUAGAAAUAUUAUACAUUUUAGUCAUCAUUUAUUCAAAGUGAUGUAUACAUAUACUAUACUGCAUAGUUACUAAAUAAAUAACUUAUUACAGAA